CGGUCAUCUGUUGUUAAAAAUAAUCAAAUUAAUAGUUAAUCAUUUGUGCGUUGUACAUACACAUCUCUAUAUAAACGUCUUGAAUUAAGCAUUCUGGUUUUAAUUUAUAAAUUAUUUCCAAUCCAUAUAGUCAAUCAAGAGGGUUAUGUUGCGUUUCGAACUGUAAAGCUUCUGUGAUGAAGCAGAACUGACACACCAGAGUUAAUUUCAAGUAAAUAUCUAAACAAAUUUAAGCAUGUCUAGUAAGGAUCUCAGAGAUCACUUGAGGAGGAAAGUGAUGAUUGAGAAAAAGUCAUCACUAAAUGAGACGUUCAACUCAUUGAGCAUUGGUGAAAUUAUCCAUGACCCCGAGUUGAAAACUUCAAUAUUGAGCAAAGCAGCAAGGGUGUCUGGUGAAUUUGAUAAGGUGACAAUCGGCCCACGAGCUAAUUUUGCUUAUGAAAAUACCCUAAACACCCCAAGUGAAAAUGAGAUCUCAGACAAGAAUUCCUCUAAAAAUCACAAGUCAUUUUCAUCAUCCAGAAGUAAUCUUACGUUUUCCAUCAAGAAAAUACUUUUGGAGAAUGAACUGCUCAGAAAAGAGAAAGUUAAGCAAGCUGUUGACAAGAAGAAAAAAGAAAUGGAACAAUCUCAAAGGCAACUGCAGGAAGAGCUGUCGGAUAUGUUAGCCAGGGUACUUAUUCAGAAAGAAAAAGAAAAUGAAGAAAAAUUGAUACAGCUGGAAGCUGAAGAAGAACAGCUUGCGUUUCAAUUAGAGCAAGAUCGCAAAAAAGAAUUAGAGAGGCGGAAAAUGAAAGAAAGUGAAGACAUAUUGAAGAAAAUUCUUCCAUUUAAAGAGAGUUUCCAAGCCAAGUGGAAAGAUAUUACAAAAAUAUAUAGUGGGUGCAGAGAUCAAAAUUCUGCUUGUCGCCUGCUGAAUUCCUAUACCCACAGGAUAAAAGAGUUGAGUUCACGGUGGGAACCGAUACUUGAAAAAGCCAAGACAGGAGACCUUACUCAAGUAGAUUUAAGAAUGGUAGAGCUAAUAGUCCAAUCCAAUGCUCAGCUUUACGAAUCAUUCAAGGCUGAUAUUGAACAAAUUGAAAUCGCGUACGACAAAGAAAUAACAAGGAGAGAAGCAGAAGUGAAACAAGCCAAACUUAGACUGCAAGAAGAAGAAGCGCAAAAACAAAAGCAGAUCCAAGAAGCAGAAUAUGCUGCAAAAGCUGAACAAGCCAAUGCGUUGGUUGAACAGCAAAAAGUAGAGCACUCCAACCAACACAUAUCAGAAGUUGACGGCGCUCCGCAACCUCCUCCAUAUCCUAACACUCCUGAAGCAGCAUCAGCUAAUGCCGUAGUUACUCAAGUUACUACAGCAGGAGAAUCGUCUGACUAUCCGGAUGUUGAAUCCUAUUUGUUGUAUAUGGGUAGUCAAGUGUUUUUAAAAAAUUACGAGGCUUCUUAUCAAGAUUUUAUUCAUAAUAAUGCAAUGAAAGCGUUUAAAUCCGAAUGUCGAAAAACACUGAACAUAACAAUUAAUUCCAUUUCUCACUUGAAUCGUGAACAAUUGAUGGAUAAGUAUGACAAGUUGAGGUUGUUUUUGUCGGGGAAGGGAAGUCCCAACAUCUUGCUUAACCCUCAAGCCGAAGCUUAUUCCAAGUACCUCUUGGCUCAAAAAAUACUGGAUCAAGGAGAUAUUACCAUUUCGAGUAAGCCUGAGCUAGCAUUUCCGUUCGCUGCUAUUGUCGUUGCACUGUGGAAUGACUGGCCUGACUUUGGUGAGAUUCUUUUGGCGCUAUUUCGAACAGUAAGUCCAUUUUUUGCUCCUGUCUUCCUCUCGCGAAGAAACGAUCAAACAGAAGAAGAGUACUACAAGUCGCUGGGCUGCAAGUAUGGAGAGGAUGGGAAGCCUGAGCAGCCUGAUAAAUUUUGGAAAAGACUCGGAGGUAUUAUGUACCUUUAUGCUUCAAUACUUGUGACAAGGCAGCGACAAGGUGUCAACAAACCUCAUCCUCAUGGACUAGGAAAUGCAUGGAGGUGGCUUGCUGCGACAUUGAAUUUCGAACCUAAGAAUGACAUAGCUGAUAUAUGUGCUACUUUGAUAUACAUCAUGCUGGAGGUCACAGGAAACGAUAUGUUAAAAACGUAUCCUAAUCAGUUUCCGAAAUUACUGCUUAUUCUUAACAACGUAUAUUACGAAAAACUGAAGAAUGUGGAUCCUGUUUUGAGCGCUCCCAUUAGUCGGUUGGGCGAUUUCUUAGCAACAGCUUUAAAAAAAGGCUCCAUCCCACCACCUAAAGGACAACUGCCAUAUAAUUUUUGGUAGUACACUAGUUCUUACCAUUAUAUGAUUAAUAUAGUAUAAAUUAUUGUAAAUAUUUUUGAAAAAUAGAAAACACUUGAUUUAUUUAAGUUACGUGCGUAU